CCAAAAAGGAGAGAGAGAUUGAGAGAGGGGGAGAGAGACACACACACACACAGACAGACAGAAGGCAGUCAUCUCUUUAUUGAAUUUGAUCGAAGAGGAACUAAAAGAAAAAACAUUUUUUGACCAUUUUAUAACUUUAUUGUUAUAACUUUAUGUAUUGUAUGCUGUUCUUGUCCAGUCUUGCAUUGGGUGCUGUAGCGAUUGCUAUAGUAUAGUGCUCAUAGGGCACUGUACUGAUUGCUAGUCUUGUAUUUGGUACUGUAAUAAACUCCAGUCUUAUACAGAGAGGUGUACUGAUAGCUAGCUUUGUGCAGACUGCUAUACUGUGUUUUGUACAGGGUGCUAUAGUCUUCUAUAGUAAACUCCAGUCUUGUAUACAGUGCUAUUGUGAACUUUACAUUUCCAUAGGGUGCUAAACUAUACCAAGCUAGAGUGUGCACUAGACUUUUUACCAAGGUGCGGCACUAAACUGUAGCUUUCUAUAGGGUGCUAUACUGAUCUCCAGUAUUCUUUAGGUUACCGUUGGUUUCCAUGCUGGAUGCUCGUAUCUAUAAUCUUCUAUAGGGUCUGUAGUCUUGUAUAGGGCCUCCAAUCUUGUAUAGAGCGCUGUACUGAGCUAUAGGUUAUAAUGUGCAGUGCUGUGUAGAGUGAGUUUUUUUUAUUAUAGAUAGACUGUUGCAGUUGUAGACUUCUACAGAGUGAUAUACUGUGCUCUCAGAGUGCUGUACCAGCUCUCUCCCCGCUUCCUGCCUCUGAUUCCUGUCCUGCUCUCUUCCACCCCCUGCCUGCGGCAUGCUGAACGACGACUAUCUGGUGGAGUGUAAGAUCGAGGAAGGUGAUGAAGUCAUCACCAAAUCAACUGCCCCCGACCCCCUGCCCACCGAGCCCCCCCCGAGAGUGGACGAGAGGGACCCCCACGGGAUCAACCAGCACCUCAAGGUUGAUUUCUCCGAUGUUCUCGCAGAGCCCUCCUCCUUCCACAGCUUCGACAAGGUCUGGACUUGGAGUGACAUCCUCUUCGAGGCCUCCAAGCUCUGGUGCUACCGCAUCAUCUCGUUGCUAUGCGCCAUCCCCGUCUCCAUAGUGACAGGCUUCCUAUUCGCCCUGCUCAGCUGCCUGCACAUCUGGUGUGUGUUCCCCUGUGUGCAGCUCUGCACUCUCUGCCUGCCUCCACUCCGUUCGGUCUGGUCCAGUCUCCUCGAUGUCCUGGUCGCUCCUGUCUUUGCCAGCGUGGGGCGCUGCUGCAGCCGGAUACACCUGACCUUCUCUAAGGAGUAACUGCCAGCAACCGCCAUGACAACCACCACGGCAACCAUCAGUGUCAUCCCACAUGGUAUACAUAAAUGAUACUUCAUACCAUGUGACAGUGUUAUUACUACAGUGGCAACCCCAUCGAAUUACCACUAACCCUUUCUUCCCUUAGCGGGGUCUGUUAACAUAAGGUUUCUGUAUUUGUCGUGCUGAAAAGCAAUAUAGAAAAUAUCAUGAAUCUUGCUAUAUAAGCAAGUACAAACAUAUGUUGACGUCCGAGGACAAAGAUUCUUAUUAUUUUUCAAUGUGUUGGGUUCUGGAAGCAAAAACAAUGCUAAAUCCUGUUCUUGUGUGUACUCAAUAAAAGAGUUGCUUUUCUGAAUUGUAUAACUUAAUUUCUUCAGCUCGGCAAAAAUAAUUGUGUGUGUUAUGAAAUAUGCUGUUUAAAUCAAGAGACAUAAAGACUACACAGAGUUUAGGAUCGCCUGACACAUCUGUGCUCCACUGUUUCAUUUGAAUGCUGUCUGUAUGAACUCUCUUUACUGUUAUCGUUUGUAGGAAAAUAUGUUACCCUGGUUAUCUGGGUUCGUCUGCAGGAUUUUCAGUCAUUAAAGUUCUUGUAUGGACUAAAUCAAUAAAAAAAUACAAUUUGGUUCAAA